UAUGUCUCCAGUCCUAAGUGUUGAUAUUAAUAUUUUCCCCUAUUGCAUAAGGAGCUGGUGUCUCCCUCACUCAAAAAUCUACAAGUAUUCCAAGGGGAACUUAUUUUAAAUGAAAAAUGCAAAUGAAAGAUAAGGAAAGAUCGGGUGAAAAUGAGGCAAAGGGAGGCUGCCAAUAGAGGAUUUACUACAAAGAUGGAAAAGGAAAUCUUCAGCUUUCCUGGUGUUUUGUUUUUUUUAAAAAAAUAUUAAAUUCCAAGAAUAAACUCCGAGAAAAAGAGCUUAAAAGGCUGGAACUUCAGCUCAUUCUCGGAGAUCUGACAACCCCUCAGUCCAGACACAAAUGCUCCAGCCUCGCCGCCUUUCGCACUCCCAGCCGGGGCAGGCGGCGCUGACGCAUCUGUAACAACCUCGAGUUGAGCGGCUCCGGCGGAACCUUUGUCCUGCGCUCCCUUGUUUCUUUCCGGAUGCCGCUUAGCGUUGGAGCGCGUCUGGGCCCGAUUUCCCCGUUGCCAUGGGGAUUGCCCGGAAGGAGCGUGUGCCCUGUUGAAAAAGCUCCCCCUGCGGGGCGGUUUCCGGUGUGGCGAAAGCGGCGGCGAGAAAGCUGCUAAGAUGUCAAGCCAAAAGAAGUGUCCAGACUGUGGUUCCUUGGAAAUUGUAGAGGACUCUCAUUAUGCUCAGAAUCAGCUGGUGUGCGCAGACUGUGGCUUCAUUCUGACUGAAGGGCUUCUCACAACCACAUAUGCUGAUGAAGAACAUUUACAAGAAGUCACAUAUUCACGGAGUACUGGUCAGAAUGAGCAAACGAGCCGUUGUGUACAGCGAGGAGUCAAACGUGUUCGGGAUCUUUGCAAAGUUCUGCGGCUCCCUUCUCUGUUUGAAGAUACAGCCGUGUCCUAUUACCAGCAGGCAAUCAAACGUCCCUGCUUCAGUUUAGUCAGCUUGGAGAAGAAGGAGAUGCUUGUGGGCUGUUGCGUCUUUGUGACCUGCCGCCAGCACAACUGGCCCCUGACCAUGGGCACAGUCUGCCUGCUACUCUAUGGAGACAAGGAGUUGUUUGCAAAGACCUAUCUACGCUUCCUGAAGGAACUGGCACUGGAUGUGCCUGCUCUCAGCUUGAUGGAUAUGGUGAAAACCCACCUCAACAGCUUCAAGAUUUUCCAGAAUUCACCCAGCGUCCCGACUAAGUUUGUGGAAGAAAAGGAGCAGCUGGUGGCAAGGACUAUCCAGAUGGUGGAACUUGCCAGCGACACGUGGCUAGUGACCGGCCGGCACCCCAUCCCCAUAGUGACAGCAGCAGCCUUCCUGGCUUGGCAGUCUCUCCGGCCUGUCGAUCGCCUCACUUGCACCCUUUCUCAGUUCUGUAAGCUUGUUGGUAUGGAUGCUCCCCGGCCAGCUCACCAGAGACUGAAGGAGCUGCAUAACAUCCUUUUGCAAAUGGCUUCUCAGCUGGGCUGGUUGCGAGUGCUGAAAGUGGACCGUCGGAGCGUGGCAAAGUACAUUGGCGACCUGCUGCGGCACCGCCGUGUGCUUCUACAGGCUGCCUUCCGCGUUGUGGAUACUACGGAAGACUGCGACCUAGAAAACUCAGCGGCUGCGCCACUGCUGCUAAUAGAUGAGAGUGCUGCAACAGUAGAAGAGACCUCCCUUUCAGGAGAGAAGCAAAAGUUCAACAAGCGGAAACCUUUGCUCCCGCCCUGUGUCUUGAACCCCGCAAAGAGGCUACGCACUCCUGAGCUAGGCUUUGAAGAUUCUGCUAUCACUGGGGAUGAGCCCAUUUUAGACAGUGAGAUAGAGCAGUAUAUCCGGACUCCAGAAGAAAAGGAGAUGUUUAGCAAGGCUCAAGCAUGCCUAUGACCUUGAAGCUGCAAGUGAUUCAGAGAGGUUUGCAACCAAUAGCCUCCUGAUACACAUUUUGCUCUAGGACAGGCAUAGGCAACCUUGGCUCUCCAGAUAUUUUGAUCCCUGACCACUGGCCCUGUUAGCUAGGGAUCAUGGGAGUUGUAGUUCCAAAAUAUCUGGAGAGCCAAGGUUGCCUAUGCCUGCUCUAGGAGGCUUAGUUUGGCAAGAAUCGAGUAUAAACUUCCAAAGUUAAUCCUAAUUACAUUACUUCUGGUAAAUGAGCCAUCAUAACCACUAGAGGAUUGUGAAAAUUUGUGUCCUGGGCUAUUUACACUUGUCUACCUAUGUACUGUCUGAAACAAAGGGAUGCACUGGUUGCCAGAUGUGAUUCUCCCCCCCCCCCAUACUCUCCAAUCCUACUAAGAAUAUUCCACAUCCUUCAGGCAUGGCUCCUUCCACCCUACUGUGGUAGUAAUUGAAGACAGGUUUGGGUGGCCUGGAUAACUCUGGUUACUGGUGGGAACCACUAGUAACCAGUUGGCUAGGUUGUGUGAUUAUUUUUCUUCAACUCUGACAAGAGGUAUAGGAAGUGACUACAUUGCAGUGGUUUGCAUGCUGUUUAGGACAUUUGGUGUAAAGAUUGGCAGGCUUCCAUACAUAUCUCUGGGUGAGAAGUAGUAUCCACACUUGAAGAGUUGGGUGGAGGCAUUCAGCCAGCUAGAGCAACAAAUACCUUUUUGAGUUGGCGUUUGACUUGAAUGAGUGUUUGUCUGUUCUACUUAUGGUCCUCAUAGUUAGGCAUGGGAGGAUGGAAGAGAAGUGUGAAAAUCUAAUUGCAAGUUGUUUCAGACAUGCAUGCUUUAAACCUAGAUCCAGAAGAAAAAGUUGUGUCUUCGCAAGCAUCUCUUUAUAGAACAUGGUAUGGUGGUUCUUGCACAUCAUACCCGUGUCACAAGAUAGGUCAGUCGCUCUGAUUAAUGGAGCUGCUUAGUUAAUUUUUGUCCCUACAUGCAUGUUGAGAGACAAGCUCGUAUGUCACAGUAAUGACCUAUGUGAUUUGUUCAGUUGCUCAAAUUGUUGCUACACAAAUUCAUUUAUUGCUCUGUAACUGUGGCCAAACUCUGUUACUGCCAGAUUUGAUUUUUAAAAAGAUGACUUUAUG